GAAUUUCCAAGAAACUAUUUAAAUAUAACUUCCUUUACUCUGCUUGAAGAAGUUCAACUCUUGCAUUGCUAUCACCCUUUUCGUUCAACAUGUCUACACCAGCAGAAUACUACCGGUCUCUACCACCUGUGAGCAAGGCCUAUGGAGUGGCCUGUUUAAUGACUACUGCUGCAUUUUAUCUGCAAUUCUAUGAUGCAUGGAACAUAGCACUUGAUUAUGGCUCAGUGUUUAAACGCCUUCAAGUUUGGAGGCUUAUCACAAAUUUCUUCUUUCUUGGCCCGUUUUCAUUUCCAUUUGCAAUCCGUCUGAUAAUAAUAGCAAAAUAUGGUGUUUCAUUGGAAAGAGGGCCCUUUGACAAUAGAACUGCGGAUUAUGUUUGGAUGUUCAUUUUUGGUGCACUCUCACUUCUGGUGAUUGCAGCUGUGCCAUUUUUUUGGUAUCCAUUCAUGGGAAUUUCCUUAGUUUUCAUGCUCGUCUAUGUUUGGAGCCGCGAGUUUCCAAAUGCACGAAUCAACAUUUAUGGUGUUGUAUCAUUGAAGGGUUUUUACCUUCCAUGGGCUUUGCUAGCUCUGGAUUUAAUAUUUGGAGAUCCUAUAAAGCCAGACAUUGUAGGUAUGAUUGCAGGACAUCUAUACUACUUCUUAACAGUGCUUCACCCUCUCGCUGGAGGAAAGUUCAGAUUCAAGACUCCUCUGUGGGUGUAUCUUUUUUUUACCAGUCACAAAAUAGUGGCAUAUUGGGGAGAGGGUACUCAAAUAAAUGCCCCUGUGCAAUCUAAUCCAUCAGCUGGAAUUGUAUUCAAAGGAAGAAGCCACCGUCUUGGUGGGACUCAGACAACAACAAGAAGAACUGCAGAGCAAACUGAAGGGAAUGAUUCUGCUUCCUGCCCUCAACCGCAGAAUCAGGGUGAUGGAAUUGCUUUCCGUGGAAAAAGUUAUCGUUUGGAUGGAUGAGUUCAGUAACAUGAUUUGUCUAUAUAUGUAUAAUGUAUGAGCCUUUUUUUGUUAUUUUUAUUUAACUAAUCGGUAUGGUGUGCCAUCAAAACUACAAAACUGUAAAUGUUAUGUUGUAAUGUAAUGAAUUGUUUAACAGAACUUGAGGUUCUUUCCACUGCCUCAUGUACUCCAUCUAUCAUAGAUUUUGUCAUGAACAUUUAAGAACUUAGUAUGUUAAUUAUGUUCAUCCACCACUA